AUGGAUUUCUUCACGGCCAUUUCGACGGUUGGCGAUACGCGAGCGGUUGCCAAGGAGUUCGCCUAUGCCUUCAUGCAAGCUCUGAUCUCUGACCCUGAAAACUGGAUUGAGAGGGUCUCCCCCCAGUUCGUGGGCCACUGCUUCAGAUCUCUUAACCUGAACUUCAACGUGAGCAUUGAGGACUUCAAUCGAACACAGGAUCAUCCGUAUCUCGACCAUAACCCCCACUAUAUCUUCGAUCCUCCGCCGAACCUAAUGGAGAGACUGGAUGAGUUUCUCACCCAGCUGCCUCGGAUGUUGUCCCAAGUUGCAGAUCAUCUGGCCGGGAAGGGAGAAAACGACCAUGUACAUCCACUAUCCUGCUAUUUGAAGCUCGUCGUCAGAUGGGUCAGGGUGGUGGACGCCGUGGGUUCGGACCUGCAACUAAACCAGUUCCUGUGCGAGCCGCUGGCCAGACUGUCUUUCAGCUUUUUGGGCGGUCUGGUCAAAUUACUGCCCGAUUACGAGGACUUUCAAGGCCUGAAGGAGAUUUGCGAAUCACUAACCGUGGUCGUUCGCCUUGGCAUAUUCUACCAGGAUACCUGCCCAGAGAUUGUACCACCCAUGCUGGAAAUUUUCCAACAGCACUACGGCGCGGAAAAGCCUGUCCUGGACUUUGUAUACACCAUCCUAAGCGUUGUGAUGACCGAGGACGACAGCUACAUUAUGGCCUAUGAGUUCUUGGAUUCGAUGCUCAAGCAGUUUAAAACGAAAAAGCAAAUAGAUUGCCUGCGAUCCUUCUCAAGCGAGCUGAUCACGGGCAAGUAUGUGAUCCUGCAAUUCGAUACCCUCGAGAGGAGCCAGUCCAAACACUUGCUACUGGCCACGUUGAGGUAUUUGAUGACUCUUCAACGAUAUUUGGACAGCACCGAGGUCUUCCCAAAGAGAUUCCUCGAGGUCCUGCUGCAACUUGUUCUGAGGAAGCAGGCGACUUGUAUCGUGGUUGCUUCUCUGGCGGCCAAGGUAUACACAGCCCUGGCAAGGCGCCAGUUCGAGAAUGAAGACUGGGACAUAGGACAGCACAUCCUGGAAACCUACAUCAAGAAUCCGUCAUCUCCCCGUGCGAAUGUGAGCUUCGCGCAGUUCCGCGCUGAGCUCAAGCGCUAUUUGGAGACCAUAAGUGAGCAUUUUGAAGAACUGAUGGAUUUCAGGUUCUUCUGCCGGCUGCUCUGCGCUCCGAAUGUUCGGAUGGAGUUGAGUCUUAUUGCUGCCCAAUCGGCGAGCAUUCUCUUUGAACGUCGCAUGGCGGAGUACUCCGACCCUGAGGCUCGGCAACAGGUCGAUGAAUUCCUGUGCGCCUGGCCGCAUUUUCUGCACACCUGCUUUCGCCAAAGUGGUGCUCGACCCAUCCUCCUAAGCAUCUAUGGCAUGAUCGAUUUCGCCUCUGUAGCUGAGUGUAAUGCCACUCUGCUUAUUAAGCUGGAGGAUUGCUGUCUGAAUAGUUUCUUAGACGACUACACCCUUACGGAGGGCGAAAUGUAUGACUUCUACUGGCAUAUGUCGCGCUCUGUGGACGCAACUGGAAACAUACUACUACACUCCACAGCAGCAAGGGAUUUACGAGACAAGAUUGUCGAAUUGCAGGCCGACUUGAGCACCACCGAGGCUCCUAUAAGCCAGGAGCUAUUGGAGGAAUAUGCCAAUGCUAUCCGUCGCCUGCAUGCAAUGCUGAUGGCCAACCAACUACGCCCUCGUCAUGUAAGCAAUUUACACGAAACUCUUGUUAAGUGUGUGCUAGAAAGACCUACACAAAACGAGAACUUAACUCUCUACGGAUCGGAAAGCUUGGCUGCCAUGCUCGUACUGAUGCACGGCAGUCUAAGGGAGCCGAACCACGAGGUGGCCACCAGGAUACGCGGUCUAGCCCAGCAGCUUAAGGAUUUUUGCACCACUGAACUCUCCAACGACAGACUGGACUUGAAGCGAGCAAAGUUCAUGUUCUGCUCGGUGCUUAUACUGCACAUCAACCAGCUACCAAAUGCGAGCCUUGAUACAGCUGCUCUCGACACGAUUAUUGAGUUGCUGGCCUCACCACCAAAGGAUGUGCAAACUGCAGAUGAUCUGCCGCCCCAAGAAUAUGUUUCCGAUAUGUACUUCAUUUUCCGUCACCUCAUCAAAGCUGUGGAAAUCGUACUUCCCAGUAAUCGGAUGUGGAAGAUCCUAGUCCAGUACAAGGCGGCUGUGCCCGCAAUGAAGUACCUGGAUCCCGAGGUUGAGAAGCUGAUAGAUGCCAUCAUGGAGUUUCGUAUUGAUACUUAUGUCAAUUGUCUGCCGAUUAUACAGCUGCACUUGUACCACGAGUCCAAAGCCAAGAAGAAGGCCUCUGUUGCUCUAACUGCCCACGUUCAGCUCAUCGAUAGGAACUGCGCUGCUUUGGACGCCUGGCUGAUGCGUUACAUCGUCUUUAAGGAUACGCUCAGUCUUCUGAUCAAGAAGAUGCGCUUCCGGCGAGCAGAUUUGUCCGCCUCCAGAAAUAUUUUGCUGCCGCUGCAGCACGUCCUUAUCCUCGUAACCGACUUGCACCUCCACGAAGAACACUUCAAAAGCAUAUCUGGCCAGAUGCGUAGUUUGGAGGUGGAGGCCAUGGGAACCCAGGAGAAGGCCGAACUGGAGAGCUUUAGAACGGAGAUCAGCGUAUAUCUAUACAAGGUACAAGAUGAUGAAGGGGUACUUAAGGCCCUGCCACAGGGACCACUGAACUUUUGGCAACACAACGCUCUACAAGAUUCAAGUGACUCAGCUAGACCACAGGUGCCCCAAAUUCUAAUAACCACACAUGAAUAA